AGUUUACUUCGAGACUAGAAAGCGCGCACACACAGGUGACGGCGACGAUCGCUAAACAAACUAAUAAAUAUAUAAAGCGCUCAGCCCAGCAAACACAUAUACAUAUAUACUAUAUUUAACACACACGCAUUGAUUUAAACAGACAACAGUCGUACACACUUCAGAGCCUCAGCCAGCAGCAAUUGUAAAAAAUGUCUGCGAAAGCGAUAACGGAAGCCACUGGCAAGGAUAUUCUCAAUCGUCAUCUCAAUCAACACGGCGCAGGCGCUGCCACCUGCCGCUUUGCCACAGUCAAUGCCGACACGGAUUGGUCCAAGCUAAGCGUCGAUCAUCCCUGGCUGCUCAAUACGCCACUUGUAGUCAAGCCUGACCAGCUGAUUAAGCGACGUGGCAAGCUCGGACUUAUUGGAGUUAAAAAGAACUUUGAGCAAGUGAAGCAAUGGAUUGGCGAGCGUAUCAACAAGGAUCAGAAAAUUGGCAAUGCUGUAGGCAAGCUGCGCAAUUUCAUUAUCGAGCCAUUUGUGCCCCAUACGGAGGCCGAGGAGAUGUAUGUGUGCAUCUAUUCGCAUCGCACGGCAGACACCAUACUGUUCCAUCAUCAGGGCGGCGUGGAUAUUGGCGAUGUGGAUGCCAAGGCUGUUAAGCUGGAGGUGCCAGUGGACAGCACAUUGACCCUGGCUGAUGUGCAGAGCAAGCUGCUCAAGGCCAUUACAGAUACAGCCAAUAAGGAGCGCAUUGCCAAGUUUAUCUAUGCGCUAUAUAACACCUUUGCCGAUUUGUACUUCACAUAUUUGGAGAUAAAUCCGCUUGUGGUUACCGCCGACAGUUUGUAUAUAUUGGACUUGGCAGCCAAGCUGGACUCGACUGCUGACUUCAUCUGUCGUCCCAAGUGGGGAGAUAUUGAGUAUCCGCCACCAUUCGGUCGUGAUGCCUAUCCCGAAGAAGCGUACAUAGCUGAUUUGGAUGCCAAGAGCGGCGCUUCGCUUAAGCUGACCAUAUUGAAUAGAAAUGGUCGCAUCUGGACUAUGGUGGCUGGCGGUGGUGCCAGCGUCAUCUACUCGGACACAAUUUGCGAUUUGGGUGGCGCUGCUGAGUUGGCCAACUAUGGUGAAUACAGUGGUGCACCAUCGGAGCAGCAGACGUAUGAGUACGCCAAGACAAUUCUUAAUCUGAUGACCUCCUCACCCAAGCACCCCGAAGGCAAGGUGUUAAUCACAGGCGGCGGCAUUGCCAAUUUCACGAAUGUUGCGGCGACCUUCCAAGGCAUCAUAACGGCGCUACGUGAAUUCCAGCCCAAGCUGGUCGAGCACAAUGUCUCGAUCUUUGUGCGACGCGCUGGACCUAAUUACCAGGAGGGCUUGCGUCGCAUGCGUGACUUUGGCAGCACCUUGGGCAUACCGUUGCAUGUGUUCGGACCCGAAACACAUAUGACCGCCAUUUGUGGCAUGGCGCUGGGCAAGCGUCCCAUACCGCAGGUGGCCAGCGUGGAGUUCUCAACGGCAAACUUCUUGCUGCCCGGUGGACAGCAGGCACAGGCGGAUCUUAAAUCGGACGCAGAAGUGUCAUCCAACGCCUUGCGCUCGAGCACAGCUAAAACGAUUAAACUACCACCUAUCUCGGCAGAUGAGAGCGAUGGUCUUGCUGCCAACAAUCAUCAGCAUCAGAGCAAUGGCGCUAAAUUGAAUUUCAAUAGAAAGUUCUUCUCCAACACCACCAAAGCAAUUGUUUGGGGCAUGCAACAGCGUGCGGUGCAGUCAAUGCUUGACUUUGAUUUCAUAUGCAGACGCGAUGAGCCCUCAGUGGUCGCUAUGGUUUAUCCCUUUACGGGUGAUCACAAGCAAAAGUACUACUGGGGCCACAAGGAAAUAUUGAUACCAGUCUACAAGAAGAUGUCCGAUGCCAUACACAAACACAAGGAAGUUGAUGUCAUGGUCAAUUUUGCUUCGCUGCGUUCCGCAUAUGAUUCUACAUUGGAGGUGCUCGAGUUUCCACAAAUACGCACGGUGGCCAUCAUAGCCGAGGGCAUACCAGAGAAUAUGACACGCAAGCUCAUCAUUGAGGCCAACAAAAAGGGUGUCGCUAUUAUUGGACCUGCCACAGUGGGUGGCGUUAAGCCGGGUUGCUUCAAGAUUGGCAACACUGGAGGAAUGUUGGAUAAUAUUUUACACUCGAAAUUAUACCGUCCAGGCAGCGUGGCAUAUGUCUCGCGUUCUGGCGGCAUGUCCAAUGAGCUGAACAAUAUCAUCAGCAAAGCCACAGAUGGCGUGUUGGAGGGCAUUGCCAUUGGCGGUGAUAGAUAUCCCGGCACCACAUUUAUGGAUCACAUUUUGCGCUACCAGUCUGAUCCCGAGACAAAGCUGAUUGUGCUGCUGGGCGAGGUGGGCGGCACUGAGGAGUAUGAUGUCUGCGCUGCGCUUAAGGAUGGACGCAUUACAAAACCUCUGGUGGCCUGGUGCAUUGGCACCUGUGCUAGCAUGUUUACCUCCGAGGUGCAAUUCGGUCAUGCCGGCUCGUGUGCCAAUUCCGAUCGUGAAACAGCAACGGCUAAGAAUAAGGCGCUGCGCGAUGCUGGUGCUUAUGUACCCGAUAGCUUUGAUACGCUUGGCGAACUCAUAAAUCAUGUAUACAGCGAGCUGGUCAAGACGGGACGCAUUGUGCCGCGCGAGGAGGUGCCGCCACCAACUGUGCCCAUGGAUUAUUCCUGGGCACGCGAGCUGGGACUCAUACGCAAGCCAGCAUCGUUUAUGACAUCGAUUUGUGAUGAGCGCGGUCAGGAGCUGAUUUAUGCAGGCAUGCCCAUUAGUGAGGUGCUCAACAAGGAUGUGGGCAUUGGCGGUGUUAUAUCGCUGCUCUGGUUCCAGCGCUGUCUGCCCAGCUAUUGUUGUAAAUUCUUUGAGAUGUGCCUCAUGGUGACCGCUGAUCAUGGACCCGCCGUCUCGGGUGCCCACAAUACAAUUGUGUGUGCACGUGCUGGCAAGGAUUUGGUGUCUUCCGUUGUUAGCGGACUGCUGACCAUUGGCGAUCGCUUUGGUGGCGCUUUGGACGGCUCGGCCAGACAAUUCUCGGAAGCGUACGAUACCAACUUGCAUCCCAUGGAGUUUGUUAACAAAAUGCGCAAGGAGGGCAAACUUAUUUUAGGUAUUGGCCAUCGCGUCAAGUCCAUUAACAAUCCCGAUGUGCGUGUCAAGAUCAUAAAGGAGUUUGUCAUGGAAAACUUCCCACAAUGUCCGCUGCUCAAAUAUGCGCUCGAAGUGGAGAAGAUUACCACCAACAAGAAGCCCAACUUGAUUUUAAAUGUGGAUGGUGUUAUAGCCACAGCCUUUGUGGAUAUGCUGCGCAACUGCGGCUCAUUUACCAGUGAGGAGGCACAGGAGUACAUUAAUGUGGGUGCCAUCAAUUCGUUGUUUGUGCUGGGCCGCAGCAUAGGCUUCAUUGGCCACUAUAUGGAUCAGAAGCGACUCAAGCAGGGACUCUAUCGCCAUCCUUGGGAUGAUAUAUCCUAUGUUAUACCCGAGCAAUACAACUAAGGAGCUUUGUCCAUAAUAUAUUACAUACAUUGUUGGAUGUUGUUGUAGUUAAGCACAGAUGUUAAAUAUUGCUUAUGGCUAGCAUGGUAGCCAUGAGAGAUAAGGAGGAGGCGAGCAUGCCAACGUUUCCACAACAAACACACUCCAUUUAGCUGUCAGGCUUCUCUUAUCUCUAUACCCACACACAGUCUCUCUUUCUUUAUCUAUCUAUCUUAGUUAAAUACAUUACAUAUACAUAUGAUUACAGUUUUAUAACUAAGCCUGCAUUUAUAUUCACACUCUUAACUUAUGAGCGAAAAGUCUUUUUAAAUUGUAGUAGCUCUCGCUGUCUAUAGCUGGGUUUUUUUUUUGGACAAACAAUAUCGCAUUAUUAGUGAAAUCUUGAGCUCAAAAAACGGCAUACAUGUCAUAAAUUAAUUGAUAAUUUUUUAUUAUACUUUAGUUUGUCUUGCGAAUUUGGUCAGUCAACAAAGAAUAAAUUGUUGCAAAAUGAUUUUAUUUGUUUUUAAAUUUUUUUAUAAUUUAUUUUGAGUUAUCAGCGUGCUCGUAAAUACUUAAAUGGAAACUGCACUGAUUAGAAUUGCACCAGUUCCUGCACGCAAAUGCACUUGAAAAAAAAAAACAAAAAAAAUUGUAUACAAAUAUAUUUACAAAAGCACAAUAGCUGGUGAACUUUGCGUAGCAUACGGCUUAACAAUUAUAAAUUGUUCACUCAGCUAAAUUUUAAAUUAAAUCGCACAGCAGUACACAAAACAAAAAAAAAAGGAAACUGCAUUUUCUUUGCGUUGUUUUUUUUUAAUCUGACGAACAAAAUUACAAACACCUUUCUCCCAUGUUGCGGUCUUUGGACAGACCCCAAGGCUACAUAACUAAGCGUAAAAUCUCAUUUAAUAAUAAAUUGUUAAGUAGCCUCAA